AUGCCCGCGAAUUCCACUCAGUUUAAAGGCCCUGCUGAGUCUCCAACACUUCCCAGACUUCCAGUUCCUGCCCUUGACGACAGUUUGAGGCGAUAUUUGGAUCGCUUGGGCCCGCUACAGGACCCUGAAACCCAUCUCCAAACGCGAGCUGCUGUCCUCGGUGAUCAAAAUGUGAGCUCCCUCUCGGAGCUACAUCAAGAACUAAUAGCGUACGACCAAGAGCUCCAGUCAGAAAAUCCCAACUCUUCGUACAUCGAACAGUUCUGGUACGAUGCUUACUUGCAAUUCGAUGAAUCCGUGGUCCUCAAUGUGAACCCCUAUUUUGAGCUUCGAGAUGAUCCUACGUUAGGCCAUUUAAGCAGCUCGGGACCUUACGGUGAAAUUUCAAGGCUAGUUCGCAGAUCUGCAAAUCUAAUUUUAUCGACGAUCUCGUUUGUCAAGGAAAUUCGGAGUAGGACCCUGAAGCCCGACUGCGUGCGAGGAAAAAGUUUAUCAAUGGAUCAAUACGAGGUGCUCUUUGGGUCAGCCCGUAUUCCUCCCGAUGCUGCUGGACAUUCAUGUCAACUCCGGACAAGUGUAAAUUCCACGCACAUCAUCGUCAUGUGUCAUUUUAACUUUUACUGGUUUGACGUCUUAGACGCUCAACACAACGCACUCUUUACACCGCAGGAACUGGAGCGCGUCCUAUAUGCGAUUGUCAAGGACACAGAGAGUUCAAAUGAAGGGCCUGAGCCUAAUUACCCAUGGGGAGUUUUCACGACGGAAAAUCGCUCAGUCUGGUCGAACAUCAGGGACUAUAUGGUGCGAAACCCCGUUUCUGCCAAUAAAAAGAAUCUGCAAAUCAUCGACAGCGCCUUGUUUGUCCUGUGUCUUGACAAUGUUCAGGUGGACAAGCCCGUAGAUCUGGUACAAGAAAUGUUGUGCGGUACAUCCAAUGUCGACCUGGACCAGUCACAGGGAAAUUUGGAAUUUGGUUUUGGAUCUCCCACGGGAAUCCAGCGCGGUACAUGUCUCAAUCGAUGGUACGACAAAUUGCAGCUAAUAGUAACACGCAAUGGGAAGGCAGGCAUCAAUUUUGAGCAUACUGGUGUGGACGGAUACACAGUGCUACGGUUGGCCACUCAUAUCUACACUGAAUCCAUAUUACUAUUUGCGCAUAGCAUCACAAGACGGCACUCGGAUCUUCUUGCACUGCCCAGCAGCAAUGAGGGUGCAAAUUAUGUCAGAGUUCCCCGCAGAUUGGAAUGGAAGGUGGAUUCGUAUCUACUUUCAUCGCUUCAUUUCGCAGAGACUCGACUUUCUGAUUUGAUAUCCCAGUUUGAAUUUGCAAGGCUAGACUUCAGCGGCUACGGAUCUCACAAGAUAAAGGCUUUGUUCAAAGUCUCGCCCGACGCGUUUGUGCAGAUGGCUUUGCAGGCGGCCUUCCAUGCGCUUUACGGCAAAUUCGAAGUGACUUAUGAGCCCGCUAUGACCAAAGGAUUUCAGAAUGGACGGACUGAGGCAAUUAGGACCGUUUCUGAGCAGUCUAAACGGUUCGUAGAGGCGCUAAACCGGGGCACGGCUUCUGAAGCGCAGUUGAAAACAUAUCUUAAGGGUGCCUGCGACAAACACUCUUCCGUCACGCGGGAGUGCGCAGCUGGAAUGGGACAAGACCGGCACCUGUACGCACUGUACUGCAUUUGGAAGGAGCGAUUUCAGGAUCGCAUGCCCAAGCCUACGAUUUUUGAAGAUGGAGGGUGGAGUCUACUUAAUACGAGCGUCAUCAGCACAUCUAAUUGUGGAAACCCUAGCCUACAAGCGUUCGGUUUCGGGCCAGUUUGUGCCAAUGGCUUUGGUAUUGGCUACAUUAUACGAGACAAAACGAUAACGGUUGUAGUGUCAUCCAAGCACAGACAGACCGAGAGACUUGUUGGGCUACUCGGCCAGUUUUUUCGUGACAUGGAUGCCAUUUACACAGGUUAA